UGAAGGUGCGCUGUGCAUGAGGGGAAGGAUGCCAUAGGAGGAACGGGCUGGGGAGAGAAUGAGGGAAAACGCUGAAAGGAUCGAGCGCAGGACAUGAGUACCAGGGCGUCGAGCGGAAACGGAGCGGUGCGAGGAAAUCGAAUAUGAGCAAAUUAUUGAAAGGGGCACUUUGAGCUAUUAUUUCUGGUUGGCAAUAGUACUAUGAUUUGGUAUGUGGCCACUUUGAUAGCAAGUGUAUUCAGCACCCGAGGAACGUCAGCUCAAGGUGCCCACGGAGUGCGAGAGGAGCCCCAGUUCGUGACGGCCCGUGCAGGAGAGAGCGUGGUUCUGGGAUGUGACGUCAGCCACCCCCUCAACGGCCAGCAGACUCCCUACGUGGUGGAGUGGUUCAAGUUCGGCGUGCCUAUCCCCUUCUUCAUCAACUUCCGCUUCUACCCCCCUCAUGUGGACCCGGAGUACGCUGGUAGGACAAGUCUGCACGGCAAGGCGUCUCUGCAGAUUGAGCAGGUGCGCUCGGAGGACCAGGGCUGGUAUGAGUGCCGCGUUCUCAUGCUGGAACAACAGUAUGACACCUUUCACAAUGGCAGCUGGGUCCACCUCACCGUCAACGCGCCCCCUACGUUCACAGAAACACCGCCGCAGUACGUGGAGGCCAGGGAGGGCGGCAGCAUCACUCUGAUCUGCACUGCCUUCGGGAACCCAAAGCCCGUGGUCACCUGGCUCCGAGAGGGACAGCAGCUGGCCAGCAACAAAAAAUACACGGUGAGCGACGGUAGCUUGACGGUGCUGGCUAUCACGCGGGACGACCGAGGAGCGUACAGCUGCCGUGCUCAUAGCGACCAGGGCGAGGCGCUCCACACCACUCGCUUACUUGUACAAGGACCUCCAUACAUUGUGACACCCCCUGAGAACAUCACCGUCAAUAUUUCCCAGAAUGCCCUCUUCACGUGCCAAGCAGAAGCCUACCCUGGGAACCUGACCUACACCUGGUUUUGGGAGGAGGACAAUGUCUACUUCAAGAAUGACCUGAAACUCAGAGUGCGUAUCCUGAUCGACGGCACCCUCAUCAUCUUCCGUGUGAAACCUGAGGAUGCUGGGAAAUACACCUGUAGCCCUAGCAACAGCCUGGGCAUCUCGCCCUCCGCCUCCGCCUAUCUGACAGUGCAGUACCCUGCCCGUGUUCUCAACAUGCCACCGGUCAUCUACGUUCCAAGGAAGCUCCCAGGAAUCAUCCGCUGCCCUGUGGAUGCCAAUCCACCUGUCACAUCCGUCCGGUGGGAAAAAGACGGCUACCCCUUAAGAGUUGAGAAGUACCCAGGCUGGAGUCAGAUGCCCGAUGGAAGUAUUCGGGUGGCAGAGGUCACUGAAGACUCCCUUGGCACCUAUACCUGUGUGCCUUACAAUGCCCUAGGUACCAUGGGACAGUCUCCUCCGGCCACUCUGGUGCUAAAGGAUCCCCCUUACUUUAACGUGAGACCCGGGGGGGAGUACCGUCAGGAGGCUGGCAGAGAGCUCGUCAUCCCUUGUGCUGCUUCUGGAGACCCUGAGAUUCCAACCAUCACCUGGAGAAAGGUUGGGAAGCCCAGCAAAAGCAAGCACAACGUCUUACCAAGCGGCAGCUUACAGUUCGUGUCUCUGAGCAAAGAGGACCAUGGCGAGUGGGAGUGUGUGGCUACCAACGUCGUCACAAGCAUCACUGCCAGCACGCGACUUUUUGUAAUAGGCACCAGUCCACAUGCGCCUGCCAACGUCCAUGUCUCUGCUUCCGCCAUGUCAGCCAACAUCUCCUGGGAGCCCGGAUACGACGGUGGCUUUGAGCAGACCUUUUCGGUGUGGUAUGGCCCCGUCAAGAAGAAGGCAGAUUUGGGUCCCCACGACUGGCUCUCUGUCCCUGUGCCCGGCUCUCAGACCUGGCUGGUGGUGCAGGGCUUGGAGCCAAAGACUGCCUACCAGUUCAGCGUGCUGGCCCAGAACAAGCUCGGCACGGGCCCCUUCAGUGAGGUAGUCACUGUGAAUACAGUAGUGUACCCCGCAAGUACCCCGGAACCACUGGUGCUUCUUACCCCACCGCGGUGCCUCACAGCCAACAGGACGCAACAGGGAGUUCUCUUGACAUGGCUCCCUCCGGCCAAUCACACGUCACCGAUAGACCGUUACAUCAUAGAGUUCCGUCUGGGAGAGAGGUGGGAGGUGCUUGAUGACCUCAUUCCCGCUGAUGAGACUGAGAUCUUGGCCAGAGACCUCAUCCCGGACUCGUGGUAUGAAUUCCGUGCCCUGGCCGUCAUGGAUGAUCUCAUUAGUGAAAGCAGUAAUGUAGUGGGAGUGUCAAGCACAGACCCCUUCCCUCCCACAGAGAUCUCAGAAGAGGGGCUCGCUCGGCCAGUGGUGGCCGGCAUUGUGGCCACCAUCUGUUUCCUGGCCGCCGCCAUCCUGUUCAGCACGCUGGCCGCCUGCUUUGUCAACAAGCAGCACCGUCGCAAGCUGAAACGCAAGCGAGAUCCUCCUCUGUCGAUAACCCACACCAGGAAGAGCGUCGAGUCACCGCCUCCUCUUACCCCCUUGCCUGGCAUUGAGCCCUACUGGGAAGAGCCAGACAGGAGCAGCUACAGGCCCCCAUCCACCAGUCCUCAGCUGUCGUCCGGGAAGAUCAGCCCUGAGAGCAUCGCCUCGUCCCGGCCGCCGUCGCUGGCCAGUGUAGGCCCGCCCAGCCUGUACGUAAAGAAGCUGCCAAGUCCGCGGAAAGAGAGGGAGUUCUCACUGUACAAGAGAACCAAGCGUGCCAUAACCGGCAAGAAGUACAGCGUGUCCAAGCACGAGGCGGAGGUCACCACGCCCAUUGAGCUGAUCAGCCGCGGGCCGGACGGGCGCUUCGUCAUGGAGCCGGCGGACGACGGCGACGCGUCGCUCAAACCACGCCGCAUCGAGGGCUUCCCGUUCGUCGAGGAGUCGGACUUGUACCCCGAGUUCCGGCAGUCAGACGAGGAGAACGACGAGCCCGGGCCCCUCCCCCCUGUCAUGGCCACACUCAGGCCCCAGAUUUCCCCCGAGUCCUCCAGCCAGGAGUCCUACAUGCAGCCCCCGGCCCUCAGCCCCCGCUUCCAGAGGCCCACGGAAGGUAUGAGCAUCUUGGAGGGUAGUCGGCUACAGGCCACAGGGCAAAGCCGUGUCUCCCACUUUCACAGGGUCUUCCCCCCGGGCCCUUUCUACGGCUAUCUAGGUAGCGGCGCCGAGGUGGAGCUCCAUCCCCCGUUCUACAUGCCCGACGUGAGCCCGCGCAGCUCUGCCAUGUCCUCUUCACCCCCAUACGGCCCUGAGGGGCCCUUCCGCCAUCCCGCCAUGCCCGAGGAGGGGGAGGGGCUGAGGAUCCCGCAGUAUGGCGCGUCGGGCCACGCUCUUCCGCUGGUGCACAGCCCUCCCUCCUCUCGCUCCGCCGAGACCUGGCAGCCUCCUGACUUCCCCUUCCCGGGUCAGGAGGGUGUCCGUCUCGCCCUUCCACCACACCACCCCUUCCAUCUCCACCGGGACCUCCCCGAGCCGCCGCCGUACCCCCCGCGUAGCCGUGCGCUCGGCGUCUCCUCUCAGCCCCCGUCGUCCAGCUCGGCGUUCCUUCAGCUGGAGGCGCCACGGGCCCACCUGGGCCGCCCCCCGGGCGCGCUCCCUCCUCAGGGCCUCCCAGCCACGCAUGUAACUAUGCAACAGGCCCAAAGUCUGGCGCAGUUGAGACACACCGCCAACGGCAUGGGCGUACCGGUGUUGCCUUACCCCGGGCCCCUGGCCCGCGCGGGGAGCCCCAGCACCCUGCGUAGCGAGAGCUCGGACAGCUGGCGGCCCGAGCCGCAGCCGUGGCUCAGCCCUCGGGCCGUGCGCCGCCUGGACCUCGGGCCGCAGCAGGUGAUGCUGCAGCCUUCGCGCCUCUCUCCUCUCACCCAGACCCCGCCCAGUUCCCACGCCGGCUCGCCGGACAUCCUGGUGCGCCCGCCGCCGCAUCCCAGCAUCCUCCGCCCCUCGCGCUCGCAGGAGAUGCCCGAGAGCGCACGCCACCCCGCCAGCGUCUCUUUCUCCCGGAGGUCCCUCUCCUCCUCCCCUGCCACCUCUCCCACCCAGGGCCUGGGCACUGCCCGCCGGCCCAGCCCGGCCUACCAUGCCCACAUGGCCUUUGCUACCGCAGCGGCCAGCUACCCCUCCCAGUCUCCCUCGCCCCCGACGGAGAGCAGCGAUGCCUUCGGCCAGCGGCCGUCCCAGAGGAGGACGGGUGAGGAGAUGCUGCCCUCAGAGCCGUCUCCAGGGGAGUCUCGAGGUGCAGUGAGAGCCCCUGCAGAGUCUGAGAGCUUUGAAGCACUUAUUUAUUACUGUAUUAAAAAAGCCAAGAAAGUGGCUGCCAACAACAACAACAACUCCAAAUGCAAAAAAAAAACAGAUGUGCCCUCCUCUCAGACCCAGCAGCUCCAUGCUCCUCAGGCACCUACGCAACGACAAGAGAUCUGCUCUACCGCCCAGAAGAGGAGGGAAAAAACGCUCCGAAAAGCCCCCUAUCUCCACUUAGCUUCCAUGCUACGCUGGUCUCUCCCCCACCGGGAAGACCGGAAAGCGCUGUUGGCCAGCGUGAACUUCGCCUCCACUACCUACGGGUCUCUGCGCUGACCGGUCCAAUUCUGUGGGGAAAACUACAUCCUGAUUCAUUAAUGGCAACAGAGAAUGGACAUAGAGCUCCAACUAUCUGUCACUGACCCAAAGUACAUUAGAUUUUUUUUCACCUUCUCCUUUUGGCACAACGUUCUACAUAUACUUGUAUUUUCUGUAAAUCUUAACAAGGUGCCCCACUAGAACAAGUGACAGACAAACCUUGCAGACAGUUUGGUUUUGUCUAAAGAUACCUCAAAAAAAAAAAAAAAAAAAAAAAAAAAUUCUGGCACAUAUUUGAGCACUUAUGUCACCAUUUGUGCAAGUUACAGUAUUUUAUAAUGUGUUCAAAGGCCUCCAUCGUGUGUUUUUGGCAAAUUUCCAAUAAUAUUUAGUAUAAUUUGUUCCAGUAAGAAGGCAUUGAUCCAGGGAGUGCAAAAUUGCUGUUCCUUUUUAGAUUUGUCACUCACGUAUCAGAUCUUAUCUAAUGCAAAGCACAGAAUACUACAGAAAUUGUAAGCUACAGCAUCUUUGAACCACAAUGCAAUGUUGGCGUGCUGCUAUAUUUGGAGCUGUCGUUAUAAGGCUUUUGGAGGGGACUCUUAUGUGCAUUGUCGUGUGCUAAAUAUAGUUGCUCUGGCCCAGUUUCUCUCCAAUGUCAAAACUCAAUGUACAUCCAUUUUAUUUGAAGCUUACUUUCAAACACAGAUGGUUAGUGCUAUUUUUUGAUAUACUGAAUAGUCCAUGUCAUACUGACCAUAGGAUACGAAACAUCCUUUUGUACUUUUUGGGAAAAAUUGUGUAAAUUACAGUGAACAAAAAAUCCUUGGUAUGUGAAAGGUGACAUUGACACUGGACUGCGCGUAAAUUUUUUUUCUUAAGAUAUUCAAAAGACUUUUGAAUUUGCCUUUUUUUUGUCAAAGGGGUUUUGAUUGAAUUAAUGCUCACAUCUCAGACUCUCUCUUUACAUAGGAGAUUACUGAGGAAAAACAUUCAGUUCAGAAUUCAGACUAAUUUACAGUUCAGAGUAUACCACAGGAUUACGCGCUGAUCUUUCCUUUCUAUGUUUGCCCUUUGAUCCUCUGUUUAAAAUCAGUGUUUAAAUAGAUUGUUUAAAAACUGGAGCAAUUGAAUUUUUGCCAAACACUGUUGUCAGAGUGGCGAAACAUCUCCAGGGCUGUGCUUGGCCAUUUUGUUCCUACCUACAGUCGUGAUUUGUGGAAAAUGCCUUCAAACUUUUUUAUUUACACUUUAUUCCAGACUGCUUAAUCUUGACAUGACAAUUGAAAAUGUAAUUGUCAAAAAAAAAAAAAAAUCCAAGUAAUGUAAGUAUUGUAUUUUGGUGACCCUUUGCACAAAUGUAACUAGAAGUUGUGAAUUGCAUUGUUAGUGUAAUGUUGAACUGUUUCAAUCAGUUUGAUAGAGAUAAUCAAGUAUAAAUUCAUAGGUUAUAUUAGAUAUACACCAAGGCAGUACUGUAAAGUAGAUAUUGUGCAGACAAUGAUGACAAACACAACAUAUACCAAUGGGAAGUUAACGUGAACCUAAUCAUUGAAAAUUUAACUGCAAGUUGUCUAGAUUGCUUUACACCUGAUGAACUGAACUACUAAAAGUAGACUAUUAGAGAAAAAAAAGCAUGAUUUUCCUUAUAACCUUUUAUUUUCUAUCCAUUGUAAUUCUUCGUAAGGCACAGCAGUUUGUGGCACUGGAGUACAACUAAUCAGUUUCUAACGUCUAAAGGCUUUAUUGUGUCUAGAGCCGACUAACUGCUGACCUGCUGACCUGCCUCCUGCAGUGUAUGGCUCUUGGUUCAUGUGUGCUGGGUCAGUUUAGCUUGAACUGAUGCCGAAUGUGUGUGUUGGUUUAUAGAGCACUGAUUUGUGUGUGUGUGUGUAUGUUUCUUCAUGCCUGCUGUUUUUUUUAUUCUGUAAAACGACACGAUUAAUCCUAACAACCGUUAAAGUCUUGAAGUAUAAGGAUAUCUUGUAGAACCAUAAUCAAUCAACAUGGAAAGAGUAAAUGACCACUUGAAAAAAAAAAAUUAGCCAUAGAAGUCUGGACGUUGCAGUAAACUUGAGUGUUUUAAGGAAAAGCAGAAUUUAUGUGUAGAGUUUCCUGAAUACAUUCAGUAUGUUUAAAGGAAGUGGUUAAAAUGUUAUGUGUUAAAAAUUAUUAUAGACCCACAUUUUGUAUUUAAAAUGGUGUCAAACAUCUGGCCACAAAGAUUAGCAUAUCUGAGCUAUUGUUGACUGGCAGCACAGAUUAUCAUAUCUGAACUAUUGUCAGAUAGCAGCACAGAUUAGUACAUCUGAGCUAUUGUCAGUUGGCAGCACAGAUUAGCAUAUCCUAGCUAUUGUCAUCUGGCAGAAAGACUGUAAGUCUCCUUUCUUGUGGUGUUGUUUUCCCUUAUACAUUACAUGUAUAUUAGUUUGUAAAGCUGCUGUCCAUGCAUAGUGAGGUGGAUGCCACAGUUAGGCAUGCCUUGCCUUCAGCCGUGCUUUUGCUGAACAUUUUGUGAAGUGGAGAACAUGCCGUAGAGGAAGUCUCACAAACCCACGUUUACAUUAACUUAGAAAUACCAUGUGAAGAUGUAGGCACAUCGUACUCAUUCUGACUUGGUGCUAUGUCUUUUUGAACUCUUGUGGUGCUGUGUUUCAGACUUCAUGCACAGACCUCUCUCUGACACGAAUGGACCCAGCUCCAUCGUGACUCCUCUCGUCAUGGUCUCUUAGUGAGUAGGGUUGUAAGCAAUAAUACCAUUCUGACAGGACAUAACCUGCACUGCAGCUCGCCACAGAAACCCAAAAGGCCGGACUUUGCAAGAGACAUUUAAACUUCGACAUCAAAGUCUCAGAAACAAAAAAAAAACAAAAAAAAAAACGAUCGGAGAGAUUGCUUAAUGCUUCUGAAAAGAUUUUAUUAAAACUUGUAUUAUUUUAUUAAGAUUUGCUGACCUUCUGGGGAAAAUGGUGCAAAUUAAGGUGUAAUCCUUUUCAAUUUAAGCAGGGUAUAAUUCAACUGUUCCAUCGCUCAUGGACCUAGCAAAUCGAUCAGGUGAAAAAGUGUGGAGAAGCUAUACUGUUACUGUUAACGGGAUUUUUAUAAACAUGGCAACGUGAUACAUCUUCAGGCAGACUCCUAGAUGUAUUAUUUCUGUACAUCCACACAAGCAUUCUCCAGAAGAUGGUCGAUGGAUGAUAUCUUGCCUCGUUCCUCCAGUAUGUGCAUGGAGACCAGAGCUAAUAACGCCUCUCUUGUAGAAAAUAACCCUGUACAUGUACACACGCCCCUUUUGCUUGUUAGAAAAAGACUACGAGGGCGCAUUUGCAGGAGUUGUGGUAUCAGCUCUUUAAUUGCUUGUGUUCCCUUAUUGAAUGUUUUUGUGCUUUGUGAAAUUCUUAAGCCUUUUUUUGUUUAAGUGAAAAACUACUAAUUUUGCUCACGCAACACGGUCAGCUUUCCUUCAUUCGCGUGUGUUGUUUUUCAUAUUGACCAGCACUAAGGAUCUAGAAUGUACUACUACAUUAUGCACUAAUUUAUGACUGUUUUAAAAUUAAACCUCAUGCAUAGAUAUAGCGCUCACUGAAAAUGCAUUUCAAACUAAGUUAUCGUGCUUUUAAAAAAACAAAACAAAACUGCAUUUGAUUUGUAUAUGACUUGUUUACAAAUGAUUUGUGUAGAUGGUUUCUGGGCUGACUUUAGCAUAUGUUGCUGAUAUUUUCCACAUCAGAUGCAGUGUACUGAGACUUUUUGUGUUUAAAACCCCACACAAAUAAUUGACAUUUCAUUCCUUUUUUCCCCCUGAUUUAUACAGUUGAAUAAUUGAACAACUUAAUUUGAGAUUUCAUUGUGUAGUAUUUUUUUCAGGUAUUAUUCUCAACAGUAUGGUGCUGAACCAAAGCCUUAUAUAAAAUAUUAUUCUGCUGUAUGGUUUGAGUCUGCCACUGGUUUUAGACAAGUGAACGUUCUCUAAGAAACCGUGACAUGUUUCUGGCCAAAUUCACUGGUGCGACUAAAGUACAGGGAGCCUGUGGACGACUUUCCACAUGUUCAGCAAGACAGUCUGGUGCCUGGUGUGUCUUCUUCAUGCCUGCUGAUAGAAGUAAAUGUAGACGGUGUCUCAUAGCUGUGUAACAUUGCCCAACUGUUCUAGUCUCCACGAGUUCACUCAUCUGCAGGUUGUGGAGCCGCAUCCUCACUCAAAGGGAGCAAACUGCUAGGAUGUAGCGGCACUAUCGCAAAACUAGGACAGUGUCCGAAUGAUCUCGACCCCUGACAUGUUAACGGUCAAACAGAACCUACUGUCCUAGCUAAUGUGUUAUGGGUUUGUGAUAGCUUUGGGCUGCUAAGCCUGUAGAUUGUCACUGACGGUCCAGUCUGAGGUCUCUGAUGCGGAGCGGUUAUAAUAGCGUUGUUUACAUCACCGGAUGCCCAGAUAUGCACAUUUUGGCAGGUUGUAUUAAGUUGACAUUUUCCAAUGCUUCGUUCCAUCCAAUAACCCUCUAAAAUUUUUGUAUUUUGAUAUAAUAAAAUACAUAAGCGUGUA